GUUCAAGAACCUCGACAUGCCACUCAAAUCUCACCUGACGUUUGGAUUCACUGAAUUGCACACUUUAGUUCUUCAUUCUACACAAAAGCAAGGUUUUGGCUGAAGGUAUUUCACAGCAUUGUCUUCCACGCGUAUCUAUUGCAAUAAAUCAACAGAGGAUAGGACUAUUACAGCCAAGUAUACCUUACAUAGCGGCAACAUGCCAACUUACGAAGAAACAUACGGCCAACAAGCCGCCCAAGCCGUAGGCACCGGUGCAACCGACGGCGACGGUGCCGUACAAGCACCUCCCGACGCUAAAUCUACAUCGGAUCUCCCACCCGCAGCUCUCGAUCUAGCAGCACGCCUCUUCGACCUCGCUCGCAGCGGUGAUGCCUCGACCCUCUCGCAAUACGUCUCUGCAGGGAUCCCCAGGAACCUGACCAACGCAUCUGGUGACACGCUGCUCAUGCUGGCCUCGUACCACGGCCACGCAGAGACAGUGAAGAUGCUGUUGGACAACGGCGCAGACGCGAAUGUGCUGAAUGGGAGGGGUCAGAGCCCAAUUGCAGGAGCCGUGUUCAAAGGGUACGAUGAUGUUGUUAGGGCGCUAUAUGAGGGAGGGGCGGAUGUGGAGAAGGGACAGCCGAAUGCGGUAGAUUGUGCGAGGAUGUUCAAGAGGGGGAGUUGUCUGAAGUUGUUUAGCGUGGAGGAGGGCGAGGGCACGGUGGUAGAUGUUGAUGCGCAUGUUGUGUCGUAAUGGUGUGAUUUGGACACUUUCACGGAAGAAUCUUGUCCUGUCUUACAUAUUCUACUAUCAAACAUGCAUGACACGCAGCUCCAUGUUCUUCACUCUAAGCUAGAUGCAGCAAAGUUUAACAAAAUAAGCAUCGAUCCGAGAA